CGCGUCACUUUGAGGGCGGAUAUCGGCCGGUCCUCAUCCUCUCUUCCUCCUCCUCUUCCUCCCUCCCUGCACUCUCACACUCGGUCUCCAUCAGUCUUCAUGGUUCUGAUCUCACCCCACGCCAUGCAAGCCACCCGGGCGUCCACCACAGUCAGUGUGUUUGCGGACUGCAGCAUCCCGGCCGGGCUCCGGAUAGGACCGGUACCGGGUAUCUUCAAACUCGGGAAGUACGUGUCGGACCGUAAGGAAGCUGGACCCAAGAAGAAGAUCCGCUUGGUACGGGGGGAGUUCGUGGAUGAGUCGGGCUGUCCCGUGCCAGACUGGAUCGGAUUCAUCCGCGCUGCCAGGAACAGCCAGGAGCAAAACCUGGAGGCUGUGUCGGACUUACCUGGCGGACAGAUUUUCUACCGCGUGCUGAGAGAAAUCCCUGCAGGAGAGGAGCUCAGUGUCUGGUACUCCAACGCUCUGGCCCAGUGGUACGACAUCCCCACCACGGCCACCCCCACGCACGACGAGAAAGGUGAGGAGCGUUACAUCUGCUGGUACUGCUGGAGAAUAUUCAAAUAUCCGAACACACUCAAGGCCCACGUCCACUUCCACUGCGCCCUGAGCAACGGACGGGGCUUUGUGAGCAGCGAGCAGGCCAGAGGCACGGAGACUUUCAGCAGGUCACCAAAGUCUGGAGACAUCCCCAACACCUCCACCUCUCCGAGGAGCGCUCACAGUAACUCCUCCAUCUCAGACUCUGGCAGGCGGGCGGUGUCCUCCUCGCCGUUUCUAAACAAAGCGGGGCUGUCAAAGAAAAGCAGCUCAGUGGAGCAGGACAGGGCCCUCGACAUGAGCGUUACCUCAGCCAGGAACCAAGGGCACAUCCUCGGCCUCGGCUCCACAUCCUCGGUGCUGAGCAGCAUGGGCUUCCACCCGGGUGUGCGCUCUGCCUUCAAACCGACCGGCGUCUCCAAAGUCCCGGGCGCGGACGCCUCCAGAGAGGACGCAAAUGUGAAGCUGAGCGGCCUGGGAUUCAGCAAACUCAUUGGAAACAUGAAACCAAUCCGCAAUGCAGGCGAGACUCUAAACGGAGGGGGGAACCACCCUCCCAAGUGCGCACCUGCAAUUAUGGACUCCGCAUCCCCAAUGGUGCCAUGCACAAACGCUAUCCGUGGUUUCCCGUUGCUGCCUCACGUGGAGGAGAACUCAGCUUUUAAGCACGUGGACAGCCGGAUGCACUCCGGCCUGUCCCCGUCCCGUUACCCCCAGAUGCCCCCUGGACUCCAUUUCGAGAGAUUCUCUCUCCCUCACUUCGACGGUGUCAAGACUUACGGUGGAGACUGUAACAUCCCACUCAUGCCCUUCACCGUCUACAACGGGGAGCUUCUGUACAGCUCACCCUACUAUCCGCUGAAAUUUCACUUCAGCAACCUCCUCAAGUACCCGGAGUCCAUGUCCUACUUUGGUGCGCCCUCCAUGAACCAAGACCUGGGCUCAAUCACCAACAUCGACCGGGAGAUCGCCAUGCACACGCAACAGCUGUCUGAAAUCGCCGCGGAGAAGAACCGGACGAGGCUGGAUUCGAUGCCCGCCGGGAGUGCCAGCAACGUCGGCUCUGGCAAACCGAAAAAGGGACACCUGUGUCUGUACUGCGGUAAGCUGUACUCGAGGAAAUACGGCCUGAAAAUCCACAUGAGGACUCACACAGGUUACAAGCCGCUCAAGUGCAAAGUGUGCUUCAGGCCGUUCGGAGACCCCAGCAACCUGAACAAACACAUCCGGCUCCACGCGGAGGGGAACACGCCCUACAGGUGCGACUUCUGCGGCAAGGUGCUGGUGCGGAGGCGGGACCUGGAGAGGCACGUCAAGUCCAGGCAUCCCGGACAGACCGUUAAGAAACUGGACGACAAACCGGGCGGCCUGUUCGAGGACGCGGAGCACAAAAGCGACAAUGACAGUGAUGUGGACGUGUGCUUCACCGACGACCAGAGCGACCAGGAGUCGAGCAAAAAUAAUGACUGAGGUGUUUUCAUGCGCACAGAGAGACUGCUCAUUGACUUUCAAUUAUGUACACAACGAAACAUUUAGACUUGAAUCUUGAAUUUUUACAUUUUAGACAUUGACCCAAGGGCGCCUCCAUGCAACCAAAUGUUUCCAAACAGUUGAAAUGUUGUUUUUUUUGACUAAGAGGGGAUUUUGGUUUGUUGUUCCAUCAUGACAUUAUUCGAGGGAAAAAUCAUUAUCAAUAGAUUAAGUUGUUAUUCACAGUAAUCGGGCAGGUAAAAAAAAAAAAAAGGGGGAAAAAAAGAAUCUGUGGCCUUUGGGUUUUGGCACGAUUUCUUUAACGUGCUAGAGUCUGCAAGGGGUGUAGCAGAUAUUUUCGUUAGUUUCAAAUGCAAGUCACCAUAAUUGUUUUCAUAUUUUGUUUAUGCAAAUGGAGAGGAAAAAAAUCUGUCUUUUACAUGCUGCGUUUGAAAAUACUGACACUUCCGCAGAACCAUCAGAGCAACUGCACACUAAAUGAUCAAAACAAUGAUCCAAAAUCACUUACAGACAUUUUCAGUCACUGCUGAACAACAUGGAAGCCUGUAUGAGACUAAAUGACUUCUUAAAUUAGAUAUAUCUGUUGCGGUCUGUGUUUGGUAAUAUGUCUCCCUCUGACAAAGGAUCUAUGGGUUUGCAAACAAAUUACAAAAACAAAAAAGAAAAGGCACUGCAUUCCAUCAGACUGGAUAUUCUGUGAAUUUAUGGGCCGCAAAAGAAUUAGAUUCUUUUUUUAUUUUGUUUUCUAUUGUGAAUAAAAAUGGGCAACAGAUAUUCCCAUCCUCCUUUCUAAACUGUCAGUUGCACUUUAAAAACAGCAAUGGGCAUUUCAUUUCAACAGAUGCAUAAUGAUUAUUAUUGAAACGAACUUAUUUCCAUGACUUCAUUACAGGUCUCUGGUUCCCUGCGCCUCAUUUAACACACUGUACUUAAAUUUGCACUUUCUUGCCGAGGCGCGCUGUUCUUGAAGAAGCAGCAGCAGCAGCGCCCACUUUAUUUAAGGAAUUAUUUCUAGAGAAAGAAAAUUGUAUUGAUUGCAGUUAUAGCCUAUGUAAAGAAGUGUAAAGUAUGAUAUUUCACAUUUCAGUGGAGAAGUGUUGUAUACGUUUGUUUAUAAGUGAUAUUGUCUAUGAGCACAAUAUUUUACUCCUGUCCAUUAAGUCGUUGGUUUUUGAAUAAAUUUAAUUUAAGAUAUCAAAAAA